AUGCGUUGGCACGAUGAGGGUCGUACUAAAGAUGGAAAGAUACGGGAUCCAGCUGAUGGCGAGUGUUGGAAAGAUCUUGAUGCUAGAUACCCCGGUUUUGCUGCUGAUCCUCGUAAUCCGCGCCUUGGCAUUUCGAGUGAUGGAUUUAACCCUUUUAGGAGUAUGAGUUCAAAACAUAGUACUUGGCCAGUGAUGCUUAUCCCGUACAACCUACCGCCUUGGAUUUGCAUGAAAGAAACAUCUCUAAUUUUAUCGAUGAUCAUUCCUGGACCAGCUUCCCCUGGGAAUGACAUUGAUAUAUAUUUGCAGCCACUGAUUGAUGAGCUCUUACAGUUAUGGGAUGGUGUAGACACAUUCGACGCUUCCUCGCAGGAGAUAUUUCCACUCAAGGCUGCACUGUUAUGGACUUUAAAUGAUUUUCCAGCAUUAGCUUACCUGUACGGUUGGAGCACAAGUGGUAAAUAUGGGUUUCCAUCAUGUGGUCCUUGUACAAUAUCAUUUCGCCUGAAUAAGAGUAUGAAACUUUGUUAUAUGGGUCACCGUCGCUGGUUACCACAGGGUCAUGUAUUUCGAAACCGAAGAAGGCAGGAAUUUGAUGGCACUAAAGUGACAGAAUUGGCACCGACAACUAUGAGUGGUAGUUCAGCUUUGAAAAGGUUGCAAGGCAGAGUGUUUGUGUUAGGCAAAAAAGGCAAUGUAGCAAAGAAAGCAAAGGGCGGAAAGAAGGUCAAAAACAGUGAAAAAGAAAAUGAAAUGAAUCAAGAGCCGAAGCGUAAAAGGAAGGCAGGCAACAAGAAGUCAAUUAAGAACCAAGGUAAGCCUGAGAAGAAGCCUGAGGAUUGGUUAAAAAAAUCAAUAUUUUUCAACUUGCCAUAUUGGGAACUUAACAAGUUAAGGCACAAUCUUGAUGUAAUGCACAUAGAAAAGAAUGUGUUUGAUAAUUUAAUUGGAACGUUGUUGGAUAUUGAUUCUAAAACAAAGGAUGGCCUUAAUGCACGGCUUGAUUUGGCAGAAAUUGGUGAAAAUGGAAUUCGACAUAAUCUUCAUCCUGUUGUAGAUGAUAAUGGAAAAAUAGUAUUGCCUGAUGCACCAUUUACUAUGUCUAGAAAACAGCAAGAAAUACUUUGUUCAGUGAUGCACAAUAUUAGGACCUCCGAUGGAUAUGCAUCAAAUUUUUCUAGGCAUGUCAACAUGAAAGAUUGUACAAUCUCAGGUCUCAAAAGUCAUGAUUGUCAUGUUAUUCUGGAAGAUAUUCUUCCUCUAGCACUUCGAUCCUGUUACCCACACAAAGAGGUCAUGGAAAUAGUUAUCGGGCUGUCUAAUUUCUUCAAGAAACUAUGCUCGAAAGUGUUAGAUGUCUCUGAGCUUGACGAACUUCAAGAGAGUAUUGUGAUGACACUUUGCAAUAUGGAGAGAAUUUUUCUUCCAUCAUUCUUUACUAUCAUGGUGCAUCUAAUGGUGCACUUGGUUGAAGAAGUUAAACUUGGUGGUCCAGUGCACUAUCGGUGGAUGUACCCCCUAGAGAGAUCAUUUGUUCGGCUGAAAGCACUUGUGCGCAAUAGAGCAUUUCCUGAAGGUUCAAUUGCUGAAGGGUAUCUUGCCCAAGAAUGCUUGACCUUUUGUUCAAGAUUUCUAGAAGGAACUACACGUUUUACAAGACCAUCAAGAAACCCCAAUCCUUCAGACAAGAUAAAAGAUUUGUACAUGUUCCAUAGUGCUGGUGAGCCAAUUGGAAAGGCUGUCCCAGUUGGGCAGUUUAAUAGCCGGCUUCUUAUUCAAGCGCACCGAUAUGUCUUGCGACAUUGUGAUGAGCUUGCAGAUUUCCGCAAUGAAUUUGUGGCCGAAGAGAAUAGCAAACGAUGUGACUCAGCUAAUUUGACAGAAGCUGAUACCACUAAGUUAAUUAAUGAACACUUUGCUGACUGGUUGGAACAAAAGGUUUUACAAAGCGAUGGAUCAACUAUUACAGAAAAGGUAAGAGCUUUGGCUGCAAAACCCAACAGAUAUGGGGUGCGCUACAGUGGCUAUGUCAUCAACGGCUUUAGGUUCCACACGAUGAGUCAUGAGUCAGUGCAUGUCACACAAAAUAGUGGUGUAGUGAACAUUGCAGAAAAUGGUGUUAGAUAUUAUGGCAGAUUAAGUGACAUCUUUGAAUUGUCAUACAAUGAUUACAAGGUGGUGUUCUUUAAUUGUGAUUGGUAUGAUGUCUACCACAAAGUUGGCAUUCAAACGGAUGAGUUUGGGUUCACUCUUGUGAACAAGUCUCGGAAAAUACACAGGAGAUGAGCUAGAGGAUGAUCCUUUUGUAUUUUCCUCCCAAGUGCAGCAGGUUUUCUACGUUCAAGACCCAAAAGCUGAACUAUGGAAUGUAGUAGUGGAAGUCAGGCCUCGUGAUCUUUUUGACAUGGGUGUUGACGAAUCAUCGGAUGAAACAGAUUAGAGCAUUGUGCUUUUGGUUCAGGCUGAAGUAUGGUGGAAGCUCUUUGCUGGUGUGGUUCUUUGCAUGCAACUACAAUUUUAGUUAUGGUUUUGGUAGCGGUUUACAAGCACAAAGUCAGAAUGCUUUAUUAUAGUUUGUGGUUGUAUUUUUUUUCGUACUAAUUCAGGGCACAGCCCAAGUGUACUUGGUUGUGAAUUUUAAGUUGAUUCUGUAGAAUUUCUGUUCCGGAAAUUAAGUAUCACAUUUGGUUUAUUGAUUA